AUGCUUGUCGAUGAUAUUGGUGACGUGACAAUUACUAAUGAUGGUGCGACGAUAUUGAAAAUUCUGGAGGUUGAACAUCCUGCUGCCAAGGUUCUUAUUGAGCUGGCAGAAUUACAAGACCGAGAAGUGGGAGAUGGCACGACAUUUGUGGUCAUCAUAGCUGCUGAAUUGCUGAAGGUUGAAAAGCUUGGCAAAGAUUCACUGGUGAACAGUGCCAAGACCAGCAUGUCCUCAAAGUUCAUAGGUGGUGACAGUGACUUCUUCGCAAAUCUGGUUGUUGAAGCUGUACAAGCAGUAAAAAUGACAAAUGCAAGAGGCGAAGUUCGGUAUCCAAUCAAGGGAAUCAAUAUUCUUAAAGCCCAUGGACAAAUUGUAGCUUGUCUAGCUGUUGCGAACAUUGUGAAGUCUUCUCUUGGCCCUGUUGGCCUCGACAAGAUGCUCGUCGAUGAUAUUGGUGACGUGACAAUUACUAAUGAUGGUGCGACGAUAUUGAAAAUGCUGGAGGUUGAACAUCCUGCUGCCAAGCUUGCUAUGAGGGAAGCAUGCAAAUAUGUUGAUGAGAAAUUGGCUGUAAAGGUUGAAAAGCUUGGCAAAGAUUCACUGGUGAACAGUGCCAAGACCAGCAUGUCCUCAAAGUUGAUAGGUGGUGACAGUGACUUCUUCGCAAAUCUGGUUGUUGAAGCUGUACAAGCAGUAAAAAUGACAAAUGCAAGAGGCGAAGUUCGGUAUCCAAUCAAGAUGCUCGUCGAUGAUAUUGGUGACGUGACAAUUACUAAUAAUGGUGCGACGAUAUUGAAAAUGCUGGAGGUUGAACAUCCUGUUGCCAAGGUUCUUGUUGAGCUGCCAGAAUUACAAGACCGAGAAUUGGGAGAUGGCACAACAUCUGUAGUCAUCAUAGCUGCAGAAUUGCUGAAGGUAUUAUGGCCAGUUUUGCAGUUGCGGGAGUAG